UCAAAAAGAGAGCUAGUAGAGUUUUCAUGAUGGAUCGAUAACGGAGCCUACCGAGAACGGGCAAAAAUCCUUCCUCGCUCCCUUUUCGGCGCCCAAAAUUUCCGGUCGCCGGCUUAACCGUCCAGGCAUCCACACCGUUCAUCCCUCCACGUCAUCGAUCCGCGACCUCCCCCUCUUCACCAAUCGCGUCUCAUCGCGCCUUUUAUAAAUACCGCCUCGCCCCGAUCCAUUUCCCGAUCUUACCACCGCCUCGCGAACCAACAAAGAAGCGAUCACUUCUUCCAGCCUCCUCGUCGCCAUUUUCUGCACGAUCCGUUUGUGAUGGCGCCCAAGGCGGAGAAGAAGCCCGCUGAGAAGAAGCCGGCGGCGGAGGAGAAGGCCCCGUCCAAGGGGGAGAAGAAGCCCAAGGCGGAGAAGCGGCUGCCGGCGGCCAAGGAGGGCGGCGGCGGCGGCGUGGACAAGAAGGCCAAGAAGAAGGCGAAGAAGAGCGUGGAGACGUACAAGAUCUACAUCUUCAAGGUGCUCAAGCAGGUGCACCCGGACAUCGGCAUCUCCUCCAAGGCCAUGUCCAUCAUGAACUCCUUCAUCAACGACAUCUUCGAGAAGCUCGCGCAGGAGGCCGCAAAGCUCGCCAGGUACAACAAGAAGCCCACCAUCACCUCCCGCGAGAUCCAGACCUCCGUGCGCCUCGUCCUCCCCGGCGAGCUCGCCAAGCACGCCGUCUCCGAGGGCACCAAGGCCGUCACCAAGUUCACCUCCUCCUAGGCCCCUGCUUUCGUCCUGUUCUUGGCCUCCUCUUCCCGCCCGACCUUGUCAGGGAUCGAGGCUCCGUAGUUUGUAAUUGUUUCUCGUUACAAUGAAUGAACAAAUGGACUCACUACGAUC